AGUUCCCAGGGAGCCACGGGCGGGCGUCCGCCUCGGAAGACGACAAAUUCCAGCGGCCACGCCCAGCGUCCUCCGCGGGCUAGAUGGCCGCGCCGAGGUGAGCAGGGCCCAGGCCCGACGCCCGGCCGAAGCACCUCGCGUCCCUCGCCAGCAAAAGCAGGCGCGACCCUGACCGCUCCAUGCUUGCGAGCACGGGGAGGCCGGGCCUCGCCCAGGGCCGUCAUCUCUGCUGGUUGCUGUGCGCUGUCGCCCUAAAGCUCUGCCGAGCAGAGGCUCCCGUUCGGGAGGAGAAGCUGUCGGUGAGCACCUCUACUUUGCCGUGCUGGCUGGUGGAAGAGUUCGUGGUGGCAGAAGAGUGCACUCCGUGUUCUACUUUCCAGGCUAAAACCAUCUCUGAGUGUGGUUCCACAGGAUACAUAGAGAAAAUCACAUGCAGUGCAUCUAAGAGGAAUGAGUUCAAAAGCUGCCGCUCAGCUCUGAUGGAACAACACUUAUUCUGGAAAUUUGAAGGGGCUGUGGUGGGUGUGGCCUUGAUCUUCGCUUGCCUUGUUGUCAUUCGUCAGCGACAACUGGACAGAAAGGCUCUGGAAAAGGUCCGGAAACAAAUUGAAUCCAUUUAACUGCACCACCCUUUAUCCUGGGUCUUACAGACCAUGUCUCAGCAGGAAAAGUGAGAUGGACUACUUUGUACCCUUGUUUCUUUGGAGUCUGUGGUGACUCACACUUUCCCCAUCUUCCUCUUCAGAUCACUCAUGAGCACAAUAAAAAAAAAGUAAUCUGCUUGGAA